AUGUCCACUCUCACGAAAUUGCUCGCGCUUGCAAGCGUCGCAACUCAAGCCGUUGCCCAAACAGCUAUCACGGUCAAUGCGGCUGCCAAGUACCAAACGAUCAAUGGUUUCGGCUUCUCCCAGGCUUUUGGAAGAGCCAAAGAAUUUCAGAAUGCCGAUGCGACAAUGGCAAAGACAGCGCUGGACUAUCUGUUUGACACGACCACUGGAGCUGGAUUCUCUAUCAUCCGAAAUCGCAUCGGCUCGAAUGGAACUGGAGACAGCAUUGAGCCAACUAGUCCAGGCUCUGCAACCAGCACUCCGACCUAUGUUUGGGAUGGUGAUGAUAGCGGACAAAUUUGGUUCACCAAGCAAGCUGUCAGCUAUGGCGUUAAGACCAUCUAUGCAGAUGCGUGGAGUGCACCUGGAUUCAUGAAGACAAGCGGUAGUGAUCAGCUUCCUGGAUAUUUAUGCGGUACUACCGGUCACUCAUGCAGCACGGGAGACUGGAAGCAAUCCUAUGCCGACUUCCUAGUUCAAUAUGUCAAAUAUUACGCCCAAGAAGGUCUGAAGGUCACACACCUAGGCUUCUUGAACGAGCCAGACUAUCAAGUGUCCUAUUCGCAGAUGCAAAUAAAUUCCAACGCAUCAGAUGCGAUUGAAUUCAUUCCAGUCCUAUAUCAAACCGCACAAGACGCUGGAGUGGAUAUUGAAAUAGCGUGUUGCGAUUCUCUUGGCUGGAAUACAGCUAGCACGUACACCAACGCGUUCCUAAACGCCGGAACCACGGAAUACUUAGGCGUGAUCACGUCACAUGCCUAUAGCUACGAUGCCAAGAUUCCUAUAAACCAGACCGACCUGCCAAAGUGGAACACGGAAGCCGGCCCAUCUUCCGCAUUCGUAACCACCUGGUACAGCAGCGGUGCCGACAACGAAGGCUUCACUUGGGCCAAUAAGAUCGCUGUCGCUAUGGUCAACGCACAGCUCUCAGCGUAUCUGUUCUGGGAGGGUUUCGAAAUCCAGGAGAGCCAAUCCGGCGCGCAUCUCGUCGACGCGAUUGAUGGAGUAAAUCCGACGCCGAGCGGGAUCUUCUGGGCCUUCGCCAUGUGGUCGCGAUAUAUUCGCCCGGGCGCAGUCAUGCUUGGCACGUCUGGCAGCAUCGCCAAUUUGAUUACUGGAGCUUUCCAAAACACGGACGGAAGUGUAGUACUGGUGUUUACCAAUAGCGGCACGAACGAGCAGAGUGCAGCGGUAUCUUUCAGUGGCUUUACAGCCGGUAGCGUGAGCGCUUGGCUCACAACCCAGGGAAAUAAUUUCGCAGCUACCGGUGCGACCCUUUCGGGUGGCAAGGUAACCAUUUCUGUUCCGGCAAAGGGCGUUGUCACCGUCAAAUUGACCACUGGGUCAUCUGGUGGCGGUAGCACCACCACGCUUGCUACAAGUACUACCUCCAGCACGCGAACGAGUUCAACAACCUCAUCGACUGCUGCGGCGACAACAAGUGCUAGCAGUUGUACUGUCGAAAAAUGGGGGCAAUGCGGUGGACAGACUUAUACUGGCUGUACAGUCUGCGCGACUGGAUCGAGCUGCACUUUCUCAAACACUUAUUAUUCACAGUGUUUGUGA